AAAAAUAUGGUUUAAUCACGAAUUAUAGGUUAAGCCAAAAAAAGAAAUAACAAAUAAAACUCAAAGUCUCAAAGUUAAAGAAAGAUCUAAAGCUAAACUCGCUUUGCUAGCAAAUAUUUUCUUGGGUUCCCUCUGCUCCAAGUUUCGAACAACAUCGUCAGCAAUUACUACUGAUUAGUAAGCACAAGAAAGAAGAACAGCUGCUCUCGCAGUUUCAACCUCCUUUUUCUUAUUCUUCUAUGCCACCAACGUACUGUAUUACUGGAAAUUUGAGAAAGAAAGAUGGAUGCUAGACUGGCCAACACCUGGCGCUUGACAUUGAAUGAGAAGAAUUUUAUCAAAACAGCAUUACUUUCUGAAAUAAGAAUAGAUGGUCGGAAACCCUUUGAAUUUCGUAAUAUCAGCAUCAACUUUGGCAGAGAAGAUGGGUCUGCAGAGGUGCAGUUGGGCCAGACUCGUGUUAUGGGCAUUGUGACAGCUAAAUUUGUUCAGCCUUAUCGAGACAGGCCUAAUGAAGGAACUCUUACAAUCUACCCAGAAUUUUCGCCUAUGGCUGAUCCCUCAUUUGAGGCAGGCCGUUCUGGAGAAUCUGCUGUUGAGUUGGGACGGAUAAUAGAUCGUGGUCUAAGAGAAAGUAGGGCUGUAGAUACUGAAUCACUUUGUAUUGUUGCUGGCAAGUUAGUGUGGGCCAUCCGUAUUGAUAUCCUCAUUCUAGAUAACGGGGGUAACCUGGUUGAUGCAGCUAAUAUUGCUGCUUUGGCUGCUCUUAUGACAUUUCGGACACCUGAAUGCUCACUAGGAGGAGAAGAUGGUCAGGAAGUAAUAAUACAUCCACCUGAGAUGAGAGAUCCACUUCCUUUGAUCUUGCAUCAUCUUCCUAUAGCGAUUACUUUUGGAUUUUUUAUUGAUGAGAACGUUGUGGUGAUAGAUCCCAUCCACAAUGAGGAGGCUGUUAUGGCUGGAAGAAUGAUUGCUACCGUUAAUGCAAAUGGUGAUAUUUGUGCGAUUCAAAAAGCUGGAGAAGGUGUCAGUCAAAGAGUUAUCAUGCAAUGUUUGCAACUUGCUAUUACAAAAGCUGCAGAUAUAACAAAACAGAUAAAAGCAGCAGUUGAAGCAUACAACUCAGAAAGAGCUCUACAAAAGAUCAAGCGUGAAACUACUUGUGUUGGUAAUAGUGUAAAAGGGGACCAAAACCAAACUCUUGAUAAUAAGGGCAUUAGUGAGUUGGUGGGUAAAUAUAUGGAGAGGUUAAAACUCAUAUCAGUUGAAAGCUAUGCAAGUCAAAAUAUUAAUGCUGAGGAAAUCAAAUCAUUGAGAAGAGGGACGGACAGCAAUUGUAUCAAAUUUAACAGCACCCCCUUGAGUUGGGAUCCCUACUCAAAGGGUGUUGAUCUGGAAUGUCUGAAAGCUUCAGUCGCUUCACAAGGUUUGUCAACUGCAAGUGAGGAAAAGGAGGCAAGUGGCAAGGAAAAGGGUAGUGAAGCUGAAAGUGCAUGCCCUUAUGAAGACGUUAAUUCAAAGUGGUCAGCUGUUGAUGCAUCUACAACUGAAAUGCACGUCAUAGGGCCGAAAACAUUGAAAGAUGCUGUAAAACCUAAGAACAAGAGGAAAAAGAAGGUUUCCUCCAUGAUUUAAGUUCAAUAUAUAUUAUUUUUACAUUUUUAUGUUUUAUCUUGUUCCACGUAUUUGCAUGUCAAUUGGCUUACGUAUGUUUCAUGAUUUUUGUGGUUACCACUAAUCUAAAAUCGAUAAAUUGAAUAAUUAAAAUAAA